AACUUACCUCAGAUUAAAAAAAAUCCAUGUAUUUGUUUUGAGAUAAGCAGCUUCCUAUAUUCUGUACAGCCACCAGCUCGAGCGAACCUUUUAUAUAAUCAACGACCGCGAUCGCCUUUUUCUCUCCGCUCAAUUUCAUUCCCUUUCUUGUCCAACCUAUACACACAGCGCCCCAGCUGAUUCGCGUCCCCAUGGGCUGCGCAUCGUCUCUUCCAGAGAGGACUCAGGGACAGGGUUUACUUAAUAAUUCAGAUAGUAGCGGUGCUCCUGACCCCAAAAAUCUCAAAGUUAAGCUGGUGCUGUUAGGGGAUUCUGGUGUUGGGAAAAGCUGCAUUGUACUUCGCUUUGUUCGCGGUCAGUUUGAUCCAUCGUCCAAGGUAACUGUUGGGGCUUCAUUCUUGUCACAAACAAUAGCCCUGCAAGAUUCUACAACAGUUAAGUUUGAGAUAUGGGAUACUGCUGGCCAAGAGAGGUAUGCAGCAUUAGCGCCUCUCUAUUACCGAGGUGCUGCAAUAGCAGUUGUGGUGUAUGAUAUAACCAACCCUGAUUCAUUUAAUAAAGCACAAUAUUGGGUUAAGGAACUUCAAAAACACGGGAGUCCAGAUAUAGUCAUGGCUUUAGUUGGCAACAAAGCUGAUCUCCAUGAAAAGCGAGAAAUACAAGUUCAAGAGGGCAUCGACUAUGCAGAGAAAAAUGGGAUGUUCUUUAUUGAGACCUCAGCAAAGACAGCUGAUAAUAUCAACCAGCUGUUUGAGGAAAUUGCCAAGAGAUUGCCUCGCCCGUCUACCCCUUCAUGAUUUCUAAUACUAGAGGUUUACUUAAUAACUUCUUAACCGGGGCGAACCAGGAACUGGCCUAUAAUUUCAAUUAUCAAGUAUGCAUGUUUGACUGGGUUUGAUACUUUGACUUAAGUAUGUGUGUGUUGUGCCAUAUAUAUAACUUUUGAUAUUUGUCUGAUUGCUCCGCAUGUAAUAGAGAAAAUAUUGAUUUUUACGACAUUAUGUAAAAAAAGUUAUUCCUUUUAUUA